GUGCGAUUAAUAUAGAUAACAAGAACUGAAAGAGUCCUCGUGUCUUUGUUUUGAUAUUUUUUCUAUAAUGACUUUUUUUUUUUUCAUUGUGCCCGGUAAUAUCAUUUCCUAUAUAAAUAUCAUUGCUACCAACAGUAUGGAAGGUUAGAGAAUUUACGACACAGAAAGAAACUCACCUCUGGUAGGGAGUUAAUUAUCACAAAUCCAGCCCGAGUUAACAACAUGUACGAAAUCAGACCGAUACCUGGAAAGGGCCUAGGUGCUUUUGCUACACAGGACAUUCCACGCGGAACCAAAAUCAUCAACGAAAUGCCGAUAAUGACGACGACGGGGGGAGUUAAUGAUAAUCUGGUGAAUCAGUUUUGGACGAAGUUCUGGGCGUUGAGUGUGGCGCAGCGAGUGCGUUUUCGAAAGCUCCAUGCAUCCCAGCCCUACUGCGAAUACUGGAAAAAGCGGUUUCGCAUACGCGCAGACAUUAAUGAUGACGAAAUUUUAAUGCCUGGCAUAUACUCGACGAACGCCUUCAAUUUAAUUGUGAGAGAAGAACAAGUCAAAGCCGAAGGGCUUUUCAUAGAGGCAUGCAGGAUCAACCAUGCAUGCGUCAGUAAUGCCCAACAACUUCCGGAAAUCAGGUCUUACAGACAAAUCGACUCUUGCAGACAAGUCAUUGUAGCUGUCCGCAACAUAGACAGGGGCGAGGAGAUCACGCUGCCUUAUACCCAUGCUGUUGUAAUCGAGCACAAGAAAGGGCGGAAGUAUCGGAUCAAACCAGUAUGUUACAACGACCGACAAUUCGAACUCAGCCGGUAUGGGGUUCGAGUGCACAUGCCCGGCAUGUGAGCUAUCCACAUAUGCAGCCGCAACGGACGUCUUGUCGGCGGAGCUGGAAGCUGAGCUGAACGACGCGUUGGCUGUGAUACUCGUGUGGCAAGGCUGUGUACUCGAACAGGAGCAUGACGAGGGCCGUAGGAUAUGGAUGGCCAGGGCGGGCAUCACCUUGGACGGUGUCAUGGCGGAUUUCAAGACGGCACGAUUGGUCCUUCAGCUCCGCCUCAUGCACGAACCGGCUCGACAGCAGACAAGGAGCAAUGCGGAGAUAGUGCAGAGGUGCAUAGCCGGGCUGGAAGAGGAUUUAGUGUAUAG